CAAGUCAUAAUCCAGUGUUAGUGUGGUGGUUGGCGUUUUGUUUCGUUCGCUUUCGUAAGGUUUUCCGCGUCGAUUUCGACUGUUGGUUCUUUUGUGAAUGCCUACGCACCGAGCACAAUGGUGAAGUUAUCUCAAGACCUUAUACAGAUGGCGGCGCAGACCAUCAAUCCAGUGAGAGACCGGGAACUCGACUUGCGCGGCUACAAGAUUCCCGUAAUAGAGAAUCUCGGUGCCACUUUGGACCAAUUCGACUCUAUCGACUUGUCAGACAACGAUAUUAGAAAGUUGGACGGAUUUCCGCUCCUGAGACGCCUCAAGUGCCUUCUCCUGAACAACAACAGAAUCUGUCGAAUCGGCGAGAACUUGCAAGAGAACCUUCCGGCUCUGGAAACGUUGGUACUCACAAACAACCAAAUUCAGAAUCUGGGAGACCUGGAUCCAUUGGCCACCGUAAAAAGUCUGACUUACCUCAGCCUCAUCAAGAAUCCAGUGACAGUGAAGAGGCACUACAGACUCUACCUCAUCCAUAGGCUGCCACAGCUCAGAGUCCUCGACUUCCGUCGUAUCAGGCAGAAGGAGCGCACGGACGCCCAGCAGCUGUUCAAGGGCAAGAAAGGCAAGCAGUUGGAGAAGGAGAUGGGCGCCACCAAGGACAGGGGCCAGGCCGGGCAAGCGGGGACGGACAAGGCUGCAGGUGGCGGGGCAGGACGCCAGCUGGAGGCGGUGCGGCAGGCCAUCAUGGUGGCGACGACCCUGGACCAGAUGGAGCACCUGAGCAGCGCCCUGCAGGCGGGGGCGCCCCUGCCUACCUCCGGCAAGGCAAUGCAGCCACCAGGCACGGAAGACGUGGAAAUGGAGGCCACCAACGGCCACUGAGGCCUCUACCGGAAGCUACAGCACGGACACAGGUUGCUUACGUUUAUUCCCCAUUGCGUAGCCGUAGCCGUGCACCUCAUUUGUUGUUCGAAGAGUCGGGCAGACGAGCACAGGAAGCGCCUCGUCUUGCCCGGCUCUUCCGUUUCUUUUUGAGUCUGCUGUCGAGAACAGAUACUAUUAGGCCACAGGAGUCAUGGUCGAAAGGCGCGAGAAGCGAUUCACGCCUCAUGUCAUUCAUCGUCAAUAAACAGUUUCUUUGAGUUGUU